CCUCUGUUGUUUUCUUUUUAGACUAUGUUACCUGUACUUGUCUUUGCUGGAUUAAUCAGCUUCAUCAUCUCUGCUUAUUUCAACAUAAUUAAACGUUAACCAAAAUCAAGAAAACCAAAUGCAAAAACUGUUAUCUUCUCUAACAACUGAUCUUUAGCCUCUCUCUUUACUUUUUUAAACCGAGAUACUACUAUUCAUAUCAGACAUGAAAGAAGAGCAGCUUUCUUACCGUCACCAUCAUGGGAACAAGAAAACAAAACUUUCCGCGUACGUUAUCCUCUUCCUGCUAGCCUACGCCCUUGGUUACUUGUCAUCGCUAUCGUCCCGCUUACAGCCACCCACAUCUCCUCAACCCGCCACCGGUAUCUUUAACAGUCUCCCUUCCCAACUCGACAACUUUCGAGUCACGACUCACUGUUCUGACCCGCUUCCCUCUAGCCUCGUCCGUCAAACGAUUCUUGACCGAAUAUAUCACGCCACCUCGCCCUACGACAACUUUCCCCCUGCGCGCGUCACUGGGCUCCUCCGCGAUAAACGGGUCAAGGGAUGGGGAUCAUACGGUGCCGUUUUCGAACACCUUAUCCAGAAAGUCAAACCUAAGGUGAUUAUCGAAGUGGGCACUUUUUUGGGCGCGUCGGCUCUCCACAUGGCCAACUUGACCCGCCGGCUGGGGCUUGACGCACAGAUUCUCUGCAUCGACGAUUUCCGUGGGUGGCCCGGAUUUCGGGACCGGUUAAAAUAUGUUAAUAUGGUAAACGGUGACGUUUUACUGCUGUACCAGUUUAUGCAAAACGUUAUUUAUUCGAAUGCUACCAAAUGGGUUUUACCCGUUCCGUUUUCAAGCGGGUCGGCUCUGGAGAAAUUAUGCGAGUGGGGCGUUUUUGGCGACUUGAUUGAGAUAGAUGCGGGUCAUGAUUUUAACUCGGCUUGGGCGGAUAUAAACCGGGCUUAUAGAAUCUUGAGACCGGGUGGGGUAAUAUUUGGUCACGAUUAUUUUACCAUGGCACAUAACAGAGGUGUAAGGAGAGCAGUAAAUUUGUUUGCUGAAUUGAAUGGGCUUAAAAUACAAACGGAUGGCCAACACUGGGUGAUUGAUUCUGCUCAACUUCCUUCUACUUAGUUCGGGUUUCAAAGAAAAGGAAAAACCACCACAACAGAAAGUCCUUUGUGUUAAUUUUGUAAAUUUAUAGCAGUCGUGCAUUAAUAUACUUUUUCCUACUUUUGGCAUUUUACCUUUAGCGGGCCAAUAAAAUGUUGCUUUUCCUUUUAAA